AGCGAUAAUAGUUUUAUUAAGACUAAAAUUUAAAGUAAUCAUGUUUUCUUUAGCAAAGAUACUCGCUAUCGUUUGCCUGCGCCGCUUGGUGGAAUCCGUUUCCUUUGAAACCCGUACAUGCCAUGCACUCAGGCGAAGUUAAACUUGCGUUAUUCAAUCAUGACAGCCAAUAAGUAAUUACUUUAUCCGUAUUUCAAAUUUGCGGAGUUGAAUUAUUUCUUCUUCAGUUCUUCAACGCCGCUCAGCACAUGAGUGCGUUAUAAAUAAUUGAUUAAGCGUUGCUUUAGACAGAAGGCCCCUUCUAGCACGAAAUGAGUCCCUACGCUUGUUUUGAAUUUGCGAAGAUCAUCAGUUGAAUAAGCAGAUAUCAUUAAGGGGAUACGCGUACGCUAUAACACCAUAGCAGCAAACGAAGCCUUGUGUUUCUCCACUUGAACAACUUCUUCUUUGCGUCACUCCCUGGCGCUAGCCGUCACGACAGAGUUGUUCUCUGAUAUCCGUGAGUCCUGCGAGCAUACGGUGGCACUCCGCGACCCAGAACACUCACGGCCCAUAUCAGCGUAGGCAGUCACUCCCGAUUCACAGCUAUCGUCGCUGAACGCAGCCGUCAUCUUCGGCUAUACUGUCCUCCUCUCCAGAAGAGCGGCGCCACGCGCAUGGCUGACCGUUCAGCAGCUCAUUGUUCUAUGCGGUGCUAUUCAACGUCAUCGUGCUACCCCCAAGCACAAACGAUAGUUUCCGUUGGCUGUCAGCCACUGUGACACUGCUAACUGCUUACCCAUAGACUACAAUGCGCGUCUCGUAUGUGUUAUCCACGAGUGAUCGGACCAAAGCAGCGGACAAAUGAAAGCCGCUAGCUUCGUCGUGCAGGCUUCAAAGGCGAUAAUACGGUACUAGCUAGCAGGGCUAACGCCAACGGCGGUAGCCAACGGUCGAAUACCUCUUGACAGGCGGGUCUUACCCGCAAUAUCGCGCGACAAGAAAGAGAAACAGGAAAGGCAAGAGAAGAACGUCAGCCAAAAAAAACAGUAAUACACUAAUGGAAAAAGACGGUUGGUUGAGACAGGUUGACGGACGGAUGGAUGGACAAGCAGACAGACAGACAGACAAUGCUCAACGGAGAAUAGCAGAAACUUCACCACAGUAUCUGAGUGAAAACUGAAAGUAUGAACUAGUGUCCCGCCGCAUCUCUCACAGCCAUAAAGGAGCGCGCGGCGAAAAGAAAGAGAAGCCAGCCUUCACUGGAAACAAAAAGACAGCAGAAAGCUAUUUACGCAAAGCGACAAGCUUUUCGUUUCUCCAUCUUCAGCGUGUAUGGUCGUGCGCGCCCCUCCAUCGCCCCGUUUAAGCUAGUUUGUGUCGCCGCGGUUGCUUGGUGUUGAAAGUCGUGGCCGUUUGCGCGUCGCGCUUCGCGCUUCGCUCUUUCGUCUUAGCGAAGUCGCAAAGCUAGACAAACAGACAGACAGACAGACGCACACACACGCACAGAAAGACCGAAAGAAAGACAAGCACACAAACUACGACAGCAACAACAAAACUCAAUGUGUUCUUUGUAAAUCUUGCGACGGCGGUAUGAAGAUGAUACUAAGGGUGAUGUCAACUGUUUAGCUCUAUCUGCGCGUAGGUGUGUGACCCGCGAGGAGCUGGUAAAGACUGCAGACUAUUGCUGAACCAGCACGACCACUCUUGUGGCUACGGCCGCGACCGCGGCCGCUGCUGUUGUGUGUACCAGCAGCCUUGAUGUUGAACGCCAGCUGCAUUGAGAUUCUGAUUGGCGCGCCCGUCGAACGGGACAGUUUGAGACACUUGGUAACCGCUAGACCAGCCAGUCAGUGUUGCCGUUACCAUCACUAACAAUCGUCAUUUGCUGGCAAGGAAGGAGCACCAAACGCCGUGACUAGGGCAGACGAAAUCGCCCACAGAAAGGCUAUUGCCAGUCACUGCUGUCAGCGAUUGCUGUGAGAAUCAAUGACCACUCUAGUGACGCUGAUACGUCUACCUUUCACUUGUUGAGAAUCGACAACUGGCGAUUUAAUUAGCGAUACUUUUCAAAUAGUAUGUUUGUCUGCUCACCCGAAGGCCUGUGCACGUCUAUAUAUCCUGUGUUUCGACAGAAUUCCUAAUCUGCUGACUACACGUACUAUUGGUAAUGGCCGUUUCUUCGGCACUGUUCAGGUGUUUUAGAACUGUGCGUGUUUCGUGUCGUUUGCUGUACCGUUAAGAUGAUCGAUUUAGUUGUUUUAACGUAUUUAAUGUAACAGUCGACGAACUCUUACUAGGAUAGGCUACAGACGUGGGAAGAUCAAACAGUGGUAUCGUGUGAAAGAAACAAAGAACCUAUGAUUCAUAUUGUUGCAGUGAUAUCGUGCGACGGAGAGCUCCGUCUUCCGUUAUCACAUUAUCACAAACAUUCACAGUCGUCUGCUGUAGAGCAAUAACAUCCUCCUAUGAACGCGCGGAUCAGCUGGUAAAGACCAGUGUUUAUUUAAUGUAGUAGAUCUCCGAAUUUGUGCUGUUAUCGUCAUUUAGUAUAGAAGCCAUUCAACGUCUACUGCUACGGCAUGCGAAAUUUAGGAGAGAAGAUUCAUUCCAGGAAAACUCCAGUGGGCUGGGUAGCAUAUUUGCCCACCGUUUUCUUUUAAACACAAAUCUUUUAUCUGUGUAAGCAGCAAUCUCGAGUGGAUAAGCAAGUUUGACGGUCUCGUUCUCCGCAUGUGUCCUUUUCACGUAACGUCGCGCGAGUUCUGGCAAGACAAUGUUAAAUGAAUACAACAAUAAGAAGCGUGUUAUUGUUUGAUGGUUGCCAUUUGUUCGGCUUUGUUUGAGUCGAGUGCCGGUCCUUCGCUAGCCAUCGUCGCUAAUGUCUGGCGUCCGUUCACCUCUCUACGGUAAUCUCCGUCCGCUGUCUCUGUGCUAAUGAACUUGCAUUACCAGUUCGACUGUUGCACGUAGAAGCUGCUUUGCUGGCUCUAAUUUAAAGGUGAAAAUUAAGCCAACUAUGGCGGUACGGAUGCUGGCGGAAGUGGCUGCCGUCGAUCGUGCUAAACAGAUACGUCAUUAUUAAAAUUUUCACCAAAGCAUAUCAGCUGUAUUGUUCCAGGUGGGAACGGCUGAAUGCCAGGAAGAUCGAAAUCAUGAAACGCUCUAACAUUUGGCAGCACGAGGAAUCACCAUAGCGACGUGAGGUACGCAAGCUUGAAAAUGAUUUUAAUUGCACCGCAAUAGAUAGUCAAAUACGGCGUAUCGCAUAAUGUAUUAUAUAUUGUUCCACGGAGCACUCAGACAGACAACGGUCACGGUAGCUGUUACGCACGACACUGCCUCCAUUGCGUUCUCUGUCAACGGAUUUUAGUAAGCGCACAAUACUAGUAACUGACGUCUAACGCUAUUCACUCUCCAUCAAAGUUGACUAUGAGAAAGCUAAGGAAACACAAGGCUCGGACCGCUUCGAUUGUUUUUGGCGACUAACGUCAUAUCGUUGUUUCUGUACAUCGACUUCUCGUUAGGCCACAGAUGUUGCCACCAUUGUUUACAGCAUCGACAAAAGAACUUAGAUCAAAUAACGAGUAGAGACGAAAUUCUAAACGAAAUUUUGUUGCCAAAGGUUAAGUCGUACUUGUUCCUAGCCCAGGUCGUUACUAAGUAGCGAGUUUUGUUAUUACGUUACGUCUGGGAGCGCGCGUGAGCAUUGCCGUGUGAACCACCGUUACGCUGAUGUAUUGAGCUGUGUCUGUUAAUACGGAUACCUAUCGAUCGCCGACAGUUUCCGCCAGUGCAUGUAUUGUGAUGUUAUAGUGUUGUCAGUGACGGUGACGUUGAUAGACGAGUGCAUUAGUCAAAGCUAGAUGUGAUUUGUCACAUUAUGAAUUGAAUUGCCGUGGAGUUCCGUGUCAUCAAUCUGCGCGCGCCAGUUGUCAACGUUUAUUAGCAGCUUGCUGGGUGUGCAUUGGGUGUAUCGCUAGUCACUGGCUAUAACAAAAACAGCCACUUUCCCGCUAGCUUAGACAUUGUUGCCAAUGCACACAAUUGGAAUAGGGGGGAACUUUGUGAGCUAGCAGCAGGAAGAAAUCAACUACACCGAAAGUUACCGCUGGUGUCAUGUCCCUCAUGAAGUUUCUCACGUUCGGAACAGGCAAUACCGACGACCCGACGGAAGUUCGUGAUGUGCGCCUGUCGUUCUAUAGAGAAUGUAGGAUCGUGACGGAAACGGAGGAGUUGGUUUUGUACGAGCUUCCCGACGUCCCUGAAAGAGAGCACAAGAAAGAAAAAGAUAACAAAGAAAUGACAUUGGCAAGCUGCAGAGCUGGACUCCUCACUAACAUUCGUGAUAGUAGCAAGGAACGGGAAGAAAAAAAGGAUCGACCGAAGGAGGAGGUCAAACCCCCAAAAUUCGAUCUCAUCUUCAGAAACCCCAAAGCGAAAGAUUGUGGCCUCAGUUUACGGCGUUUUGAGAAAGAAGAAGAUGGACUCAGACUUUUUGAACAGUUUCGAGAGAAAAUCUUUGUGCUGGUUCGGGCAACUGACUCGUUCCCCGGUAGAGACCUCAUGGGCAAAUGGAUGCACUCGGCGGUAAAGCAUCCGUCAUGGACAAUUGCGCAUCUGGCAGCCGUGCACAAUCAGCUGGACGUGCUGAAACAUCAACUCGUCGCGAGGUACCUAAACGAAGUGUGCGAGGAGGGUCGCACCCCGCUAAUAAUGGCUAUCGAAAGCCUGAACACUCCAGUGGUGCAGCUCCUUGUCGACCAGGGAGCUCGCGUCGAUACAACAGACCAUUACAAUAACUCUCCAUUUCACUACGCAAUUAAACUUGAAAGUAAAUCCCUUCUCGAGAUUAUUUGUCGUGCUCAGGGCGCCUGUGUGGGAAUGAACCAAAAAAAUUACAAGGGCCAAACUCCGCUGCAGGCAGCGUGUAUGAUUGGUCUCACAGGUUGUGUGGAGCAUUUGUUACGACAAGGAGCGGACGUCAAUUCAGCAUCCUUUAGCAAAAACAGUCAAAAGCUAGCAGGCAGACACAUGGGUGACCGAGAGCUGGGAUUAUACAGCGAAAGGCAGAUGCGUAAAGGAGGCACUCCUCUUCACUGGGUCAAAACGAGAUUAUCGUUAGAGCUGAUGAUUGAUAUCGGCUGUGACCUGAACGCCAGAAAUUCGACGGGGGAUACCGCAUUACAUGUUGUCGCUGACAAACGGAGACUGGAUUCACUUAUCUGGCUUCUCAUAGAGGGUGCUGAUGUCAACGCAAAAGGUAAUAAUGACGAUACCCCUCUUCAUGUGGCAGUUCGGGGUUCGAAUCCACAAAAGCCACAAGACGCAUGGAUGCUGUUUAAACAAAAAGCUGAACAGAAAAAGUCCUAUGUAUGGCCAAAUACCCAUGAGCAGAAGUACGAGACAUUACCAAUUAUCCAAAUACUUUUGGCAUUUGGAGCCGAUCCAAACGCCCUGAACAAGAAAGGGGAGACGCCUCGUCACAUCGCGUCGGUGAUGGCUUCAGACCUACACAAUCCCCGUUUCGAUCAACUACUAUUUACGUUACAUGCGAUUGGCGCUCAAAGGUGUACAUUGAAAACGUUUGAGUGUACAGAAGGUUGCAGUCCAAACGGAACGUUCGAUGGGGUACCCCCUGCAGACUUCGGAAAAGAUACAAACGAAAUUUUUGACGGCCCUCUGAGUAACACCAUACUGAAGAAGGCUGUGGAACGUAGACAAAAUGCCAAACUUCGAAAAGACCAACGAAAACGCAGGUGUAGGGCCUUGGCGAUCGAUGGCGGUGGUGUGAAGGGUCUCAUGACUCUGCGCGCCCUCAAGUGUCUCGAAGAAGCUGUAGAGGCGCCAAUAAUAGAGCUUUUUGAUUGGAUUAUGGGGACGAGUGCUGGUGGAAUUUCCGCUCUUUGUUUAGCAUCCGGACGAACUUUGGACGAGGUAUUUCGGUCAGCUUUUCGAUUGAAAGAAAAGUUUAUUGUUGGGCCUCGCCCGUAUGAUACUGAUGGUGUAGAGGAGUUUCUGAAAAAAGAACUUGGUGAUGAUACGAAGUUCUCCGACAUUAAAAAACCAAGAAUCGCUGUGACAGCCGUAAAUGCAGAGAGUUGGCCGACCCGAUUGAAGUUAUUCCGCAACUAUGACUCGCCCCGAGCCCUGCUCGAUGGAACACCAGAACCUCCUGACAAUGAAUGGCUUUGGAGUGCCGCUCGCGCAACCGGAGCUGCGCCCACAUUUUUCCGUCCAUACAAAAAGUACUUGGAUGGGGCCGUGAUGUCAAAUAAUCCUACGUUGGAUCUAUUGACAGAGAUAACUGAGUACAACGCUUCGAUGGAGAAUCAACCCUCGGAACAAUUCGACAUCGAUAUCAUAGUGUCUGUCGGGGGAGGUAUGCGCCCGACAGCCCCAGUGUCAACUAUCGACGCUCUUCAACUUGAUCCAGGACUAUUUGGCGCUGCCAGGGUAGCCUAUUCUGUGGGCCAUCUCCUAAAAUUCUGCGUUGAGCAGAUCGCUGAGCCCGACGGGCGACACGUUGACCGCGCUCGCGCCUGGUGCUACGGUCUUGGAGUACCUUAUGCACGACUACAACCUGCGCUUAGUCAGUACGUCGCUGUCAACGAAAGCGAUAACAAGGUCAUCGCCAAAAUGCUCUGGGAGACGAUGGCGUACUUCAGGCAGCACUCGGAUGAGCUUGCACUCAUAGCGGAUUUGCUUCGAAACGAUAAGACAUAACCCGCAACAAGUGACCAUUGAUUCUAGAAUGGCUUGAAGCACGCUUUGUUUCAAAUGUUGGUUCAGCAUGUCGCGCCUCCGAAAUUCGAUAAACCUGCACAGUGUACGUCGUGUGGAAGGCCUAGCGAGUUAUAAAGGGAGAGGGGAGGGGGGCGGGGGAUAGUAAUUAAAAGGAUGUGUACCCCAUAUGCGUUAAGUAGUUUUGCAUUGACAGGCUGAAGAACAACUGAGUUUUUCACGUUUCACACCUUCGUAACUGAAUUUUAAAUUGACGUGUGAAUAGGAACGUUGGCGACGCAGUGCGGCUUGUCGCUGGGCAAAUGCCCUGAAAUAUAGCAAUAAUAGGAAACAGGAGCGCAGCUGGCCUGCGUUUUUGUAUUUUGGCUCGAACACAUCGUAUAUAUUAAUUUGCGCUAGCGUGGCGAUGACGUCAACGAUACUUUAUGAAUAGUGUUUUUCCUACGUCGAAUCAAAUAAAAGUACUGAUUCAGAUAUGGGCACAUAUCUUGUUUCAGGUACAAAUCAUUUUAUUCCCGUUUAAAAAGAUGUAAAAUCAGACGUAUUGACGAAGUAUGCGGUUGUAACAGAAAACCGAUAACCUGACAAAACGAGUCAAAUUAUUAGAGUUGUCAGAAAGAAACGAUAGCUUGGCCAUACACGGACCCAUGGCAUAUCGGCUGCGAUUAAUUAACGACAAAUUAGGUCUUAAGUUUCAAAAAACUCUAGGACAUUUAUAUAAACAUCAGCUAUCUAGGCCUUACCUACUACAGCAACAGCCCUCGAGAACGGGUGACAAUUAUGAUUAUGAAUUACGUUGGUGCUGAGCAGUCUUUCUACUCUAAUAAAAAUAAUUUGGCGCUUAUUCUCGAAAAAUACGGAUUAGGGAGGAAUUGGGAAGUUAAAAAUCGUUAGAGUCGCUUUAAUAAAUAAUAAUGAUCCAAUGUAAAAUUAGUUUUUUCGUGUUUACGAACAAUAUGUGCGCAUGUGUGCUACACAUUGAGAAUACAGAACAGCAACAAAAUGACUGAGAUCUAUUUUCGGUGUAUUUGUUAAAAAUAAUGCUCGAGUAUUUUUUUUUUGUG